CAACAGCACAUUCUGUUGAAACGCAGACAUGCCAGCUCUAUUAGUACUAAUUGUUGCUGUAGCACAGAUUGUUGCUAUACACUCUGUCCAGUUUGUUAUAAGAAAUAAUGUUCCAGGUCCGAUUGAGGUGGGAAUCCAGGGCAAUCCCGGUCACGCUCACCUUAACAAUGGAGGAUUUCAUUUAAACCAAGGAAGCGAGGUGACUGUAAACGCACCGGAUAACUGGGCUGGAAGAUUUUGGCCCAAGACAUGGUGCGUGAAUGGACGUUGUCAAACUGGCGAUUGUGGAGGUAGGGUGGAAUGUGCGGGUGCAGGUGGUGUUCCUCCGGUAACUUUAGUUGAAAUUACCCUUCGCGGAGCAGGAAAUCAAGAUUUUUACGACGUGUCUUUAGUCGACGGUUUUAAUAUUCUCGCAUCGAUUUCUCCCGAGGGUGGUCAAGGUAAUUGCCAAACCGUCUCGUGCAAUUACAAUCUUAACCAGGCCUGUCCCAAUGACUUGAAGAAGAUCGGAGGAAACGGAAAUGACGUUGUCGCCUGUUUCUCUUCCUGCAUGAAGCACAACACUGAUCAGUUCUGCUGCAGAGGAGCUUAUAACAAUCCGCAAACGUGCAACCCAGGGAAUAUGCCCCAGCCUAACUCGGCGGGUUAUUUCAAGCAACAUUGUCCACAAUAUUACAGCUACGCGUACGAUGAUGCUACGAGUACCUUUACAUGUUUAGCGAACCGCUACAGGAUAACCUUCAGCUAAUCUGAACCAAUGGUUUUUUUUUUGUGAUCGCAUGUUCAUAUGCCUACUUAAUUACCUAUUGCAUGAAAUUAAAACAUCGUGACUAAUAAAAUGAUCCUUACCAGUGAGAAGCUCA